GAUCCGUGAAACACAAUCACAAUUACAAUCACAAUCACAAUCACAAUCAGAGCUUCAAAGUUUUUCUCUCCCGUUUUUUCUUUCGAUCGAUCACAAUUCAAAAUUAGGGUUUUGUUGUUGCCGUUUUCUCUGUUUUAAUUGAAAUAAAACUACAUCAAUGGAAUCUUCAUCAUCAUCCGCUGCAUCAUCAUCAUCCGCUGCAUCAUCGAAGAAGGUGAUCUUGAAAUCAUCUGACCACGAGGAAUUCAUCGUCGACGAGAAUGUUGCACUACAAUGUCAGACAAUCAAGCACAUGAUCGAAGAUGAUUGCGCUAACAACGUGAUCCCUGUGCCGAAUGUGACGAGUGCAAUCCUGGUGAAAGUGAUUGAAUACUGUAAGAAGCAUGUUGACGCUUCUACUGCUACUGCUACUGCUACUGCUACUGCUGGUGGUGGUAAUGAUGAACUCAAGAAGUGGGAUGCUAAGUUUGCUGAUGUUGACCAAAAUACCCUUUUCGACUUGAUCUUGGCUGCUAACUACCUGGAUAUCAAGAGUCUACUGGACUUAACCUGCCAAACUGUAGCCGAUAUGAUCAAAGGCAGGACCCCUGAGGAGAUUAGGAAGAUCUUUCAUAUCAAGAACGACUUCACCGAAGAAGAGGAGGCCGCGAUUAGGAAGGAAAACCAGUGGGCCUUUGAAUGAUCGCUCCAACUUCAUUAUAUUGCAUUUGCAGCCGCCAUUAAUUCACUACACCAUUAAUGUUGUUACUUGUUAGUAGUUAUUAAUUCAACUUGUUUAAUUGAUUUUCGUUUUUACAUUGGAAUUAUUUUGUGAUUUUUUGUUUUGUUACUAUUCCUAUUGUUGGUACAAUGUUCAGCUCGCUAUAAUAGGAAUUCUGAUUUUUAAUCAUCAA